ACCUUUACACAGGAGAAACAUGUGAAGUUUGUGUAGAUGGGCCUCACGGGGACGGUUGUUUGAAUGCAUUUGAGAUCUAUUCUUCCAUAAUACAUAUUAAAAAUGAGUUAUGCUGGAAAAAGCCACGAGGAGCAGAACAGCACGUCGAACAAAUAUAUACACCUCAGCCAGUUGUCUACGCUACAGUGGAGAAAAACAGAAACAAACUAAACGAAGACAUAUCAAAUGGAACUGAUCAUUCAGGCAUCAUUCAAGCGAACGUCAAACAAGAAGCAGGGCACAGAGUAAACAUACAAACACAACACGUUGAACUGGUGAUGACAGACGAAACUAUUGAAGAUGAUGGGCUUGAAAUUGACGAUGACGACAAAAUAGCUCGAACAACUGCAAUCAAAUUUGAAGAGAAAAGCGGUAUAUAUUACAACAACGCUGAUAAAAUCAAUAAUCAAAAGGUCGUUGUCAACAACUUAACGAAAUACGUGAUCGGGAUGAAUGACAUAGAUAUUGAAGAAGAAUUCGAGGGUUAUAAAAAACAACAUGCGUACCUUGCAGCACUAGGUCCCAUGUCAAAGCAGCUCGAGGAUUUCAGUCCAUUUUGGCAGAUGAUAUGGCAAAAGAAAGUUGAGGAAAUUGUCAUGCUGACCAACCUUGUUGAAGAUGGGCCUGGCCUUGGGACAAGUAAAAACUACGGCAAAGUCCAUGUUUUAUCCCAGAGCGAGGAUGAAUACACCGAGUUUACGAGGAGAGAAUUCACAAUUACAAAGGGAAAUGAAACCAGACAGCUUCACCAUCUUCAUUUUACCUGCUGGCCAGACAAAGAUAUACCGGAUGAUGUCACAGGAAUAAUUGAGUUCAGACAGAGAGUUCCGAACACACCUGACCAAUUUGAUUGUCCUGUACUUGUUCACUGCAGUGCUGGUGUUGGAAGAACAGGAACAUACAUUGCUCUAGAUAUUUUGACAAAGGAGGGAGAGAGUGAGGGGUCAAUACACAUCCCUGGCUGUGUGAUUAACAUGAGGCUCGAUAGGGCUAACAUGAUACAAACCAUGAACCAGUACGAGUUCUUACAUAGAGCACUCGUCAGCUCGCUGAGUGAUAUCAGCAAACCAAUUAGAGGAACACAUUUUCGCCAGUACAUCAAUCAGAUGGGUGAAGAAGGAUUCAAUCGACAGUUUCAGGAGAUGCAAACAGUUUUAGAAAAGCCUCCAGGUUAUGAAAUGCAGGCCACGGAGAGGAAUAACAGAAUAAAAGGCGGGAAUAUACCAUUGACAGCCAUACCAGGUCGUUUGUUUUUUCGUUGCUCAUGUUUCAUUCCAGUUGGUGAAACAUAG